GCCGCGUACAUCUCUAACCUAGCCAUGGACCUGGCCUCUCUCGUCGUCCUUCCAUCCAUUCGUCUCGUGAUACCGUGCCUUGAUUCCGUUUAGGUUCCAGACUUGCAUUUCAACUGGAGAGGAGAUGACGACGGACGGUGCCGACUACCGGAGGCUCUUGCAUGGGCGUCAGAACUCCCAUCAGGCUCCUAUAGAUGGAGCAGAUGGGUUCGAGGAUGACAAUCUUGCUGCACCGCAAUCACCGCCCCACAAUGUUGGAGCACGUCCCCAAAGGGAUCUAGGCUCCGCAGAUUGGGGCGUUUUCGGUAGCAUGAAGAUUGUGCUGUUCAAAUCCAAGCUCAAUUUGCUUAUACCAUGUGGAUUCUUGGCAAUACUGAUUGAUUAUACCAGCCAAAAUCAGGGCUGGGUGUUUCCUCUGAGCCUGUUGGGUAUCAUUCCUUUGGCAGAGCGAUUGGGUUUCGCUACCGAGCAAUUAGGACUCUUCACUGGCCGAACAGCUGGAGGCCUUCUGAAUGCUACAUUUGGUAAUGCAACCGAGCUGGUCAUAUCGAUUCAUGCGCUACGGAGUGGAAAGCUACGGGUGGUUCAGCAAUCUCUGCUCGGAUCAAUCCUGUCGAACACGCUCCUGGUUCUCGGUUGCGCAUUCUUCGGUGGGGGACUUGCCUGUGGCAAAACCGAGCAAGCUUUCAGAAAGGAAGAUGCAGUGCUGAACUCUGGGCUGCUCUUGAUGGCGGUGAUGGGGUUGGUGUCUCCUGCUAUGCUUUACUAUACUCACACUGAAGUUAACUUAGGCCAGUCAGCGCUGGCAUUAUCAAGGUUCAGCAGCUGCAUAAUGCUUGUUGCUUAUGCUGCUUUCAUUUACUUCGAGUUGUCGAACAGUCGCCGUCGAGAUGAAGCUAGUGGAGAUCAAGGGGAUGACGACUACGAAUAUGCAUAUCCUGAAAUUUCCAAAUGGGAAGCCAUCGCAUGGCUUGGAAUUUUCACUGCUUGGAUCUCAGUUUUCUCAGACUUUUUAGUUGAUGCUAUCGAGGGGGCAUCCAAGGCUUGGAAAAUACCGAUUGCAUUCAUCAGUACUGUUUUGCUUCCAAUUGUGGGGAAUGCUGCAGAACAUGCUAGUGCUGUUAUGUUUGCAGUGAAAGACAAAUUAGAUAUUUCCCUUGGAGUGGCUAUUGGGUCUUCAACGCAGAUAUCCAUGUUUGUGAUACCAUUUAGUGUAGUGACAGGAUGGAUGAUGGGCCAGCCAAUGGACCUGAAUUUCCAUCUAUUUGAAACUGCAAGCCUCUUGAUAACCGUACUGGUCGUAGCAUUUUUGUUGCAGGAUGGAACUUCGAACUGUUUCAAAGGGUUGAUGCUGAUUCUCUGCUAUCUGAUAGUAGCUGCCAGUUUUUAUGUAUACGCUGACCCAAAUAUUGACGGUAAGGUUUCUCACCUCUCUAAAUUGUUCUCUGUGCGACAAAGGAGGUCCUGAUUGCUUUUCUUUUUCAUAUUUCUCUAAUUAAAAGGCAUCUCUGAAGUGAGCAAGAUCAACAACGCAAUGAUUUUGCAUAAUGUAUAUUUGGAAUUUUGUGUUGCAGGUGUUUAGCCUCCAAAACUAGUACUCUGAUGAUUGAGUGGAUUGUUCACAAGUUUUUUACUGUGGGACUACGUGACAGUCAGAACAGGAGCUAUUUUUUGUAUCUUUGACCGACUUCUCAGUGUUCCUCACAUUCAAAGGUCUUU